UUAUGACCUUGCUUAAAAUCUGAAUCCUUUGUUUUAGGCAUGAUACUAGUGAAAUUAAAAGCAUUGUCAAACACCACAAAAAGGAUGUAUAUAACAGAAUAUGUGCAACAGAUGUUCUAAUUGUGGAUGAAAUAUCUAUGCUGUCACAAAAACUACUUGAACAACUUGAAGAAGUAUGUUCAUUGAGAGACGAACAAAAAUAUUUUGGAGGCAUCCAGGUAAUACUGUGUGGGGAUUUCAUGCAAUUGCCCCCAGUAAGAAAUGCUAUAUACAAUGACGCUGGGAAUUUCUGUUUCCUCAGUCCACUCUUUGAUACUGUAUUUCCACAUCGUAUCAUUUUAAAAAAUGUUGUGAGACAGAAUGAUAUUGAAUUUGUAUGCACCAUCAAUGAAAUAGCUAGAGGUUUUUUAAGUCAGAAAUCAAAGACCUUUUUACAGAGUCUUGAUAGACCACUUCAUGUUCCAUCAAGUGUGAAGCUAUAUGCAACAAAUUAAUUAGUAAAUAGACACAACAGAAAGUGCCUUUUGAAAUGCCAGGGAUUCAUACAGAGUAUUUAGCAGAGGAUUCUGGAGAGAUUUCUUGUUUGUCUCGAGUCUCAGCACCACAAGUUCUGUGGUUGAAGAAAGAUUGCCCUGUUAUUCUAUUGAAAAAUCUGACCAAAAAGCUUGUAAAUGGGUUACAGGGAACUGUGGUGUCCUGUGAAAGAGAUGGCCCACUGGUACAUUUUGCUUCUGUUGAUGAAACUGUCAAGAUUUAACAAGAAAGAUUUUCAGUAUUCAGUCCUGUGUUGCGAAGAAAUCUUGCUGAGAGGAAGCAAAUUCCAGUCAAACUUGCAUUUGCCUUAACGAUUCAUAAAGCCCAGGGUAUGACACUUGACAGUGUGGAAAUUGAUUGCCAACAAAUUUUCUCCCCAGGACAACUUGGGGUAGGGGUGAGUAGAGUCAAGUCCCCAACAGGACUGCGGCUGAUCAACUUUAAUGAAACUGCUUGUAUCCCUCUGCCGUCCAUCAUUUUCAAGUUCCUGGAUACAUGUACACCCUCAAUGACUCAAGAUGCAGAUCUUAAAUGUUGUAAGAACACAAGAAUCAGGUGUAAUGAAAGGGCAUUUGAAGAAAUUCAUCAUCUUGAACCAAUUGCACAGGAACAUGACAUGUGGGAGAAUGUUGAAGACUCACAUGGUGACAUUGACAGUAUUCUAGAUGAUAUUAAAUGUGUUCAAACUGAUGAUUCAGAAGUGAUUGCAUUACCCGAGGGCUUAGAUAUCCAUACAAUUUUGACAAAUAUUUAUGUGCAAGAUGUAGAGACUACAGUACAAAAACAAACAAAUUGUGUAAUUGAUACACUUUUGACCGGAAAUUUUGACUAUGAUGUAAAAAAAUUUUGCAGUCAUACUUUCAAUGUUAUGACCGAGUGUGUGGAGUCAUUAAAAAUUGAUAGGGAAAAUCCUAUAGCAGUAAAACCAGACAAACUCACACAUUUUUUCAAACAGUGCCAUCAGUUUCAAACUUCUGAUGAAUUUAAGGCAUGUACCCUACUGAUGUUUUUUGAUGUGUGCCAAAUUCAUCCUGUAUCACCACAGGUAAUGGCACACAUUGCUUAUAACAUUUUUGUUCAUAUUAGGAAGUUUACUCUUGGUCAGCUGGAAAAAGUGUACAAAAUUAGGGAUAAAUGUUUUAAAAAAAGAAGUCUCACUGAAGAAAGCUUAGGGAAAGUGAGAUAUGUUGGAGGUUACUGUGUGGCAAAGACACGCCACCACUACAAUAAAGUUCGUCAAAGAAGUUUUAAGAUAGGAGAGUCAAAUCAGAAAAAAUAUGAUGAAGCAUUCACAAUAAUACAGAUCCUAGAUAACUUUAGAGAAAAUGAAAUUAUAAUUGGUGGAACUUCAUCCCUUCCCCAGACACUUAUAGAGACAGCUGUCAAACAGAACAUUUCAAGAGGUCUUACAAAUAUAACAGACAAAAUGUUUCUUUUCUUCAUGUCUGUAUGUGACUUGUUUUUAAGUGUUUUUAUUGAGAAAAAUUUAAACAUUCAUGGUAACAAUAUUUAUGAAGCAUACAAAGAAAAAAUACAUAGUGAUGGGAAACUUUAUCAGUUAUUCCUUGAUGCAGUUAAUUUUUCCCCUCCUGCUGAAUUUUUACAGUCACAGAGUGUUGAAGUUCUAUUAGAUGAAAUGACUGACAGAGUAAAUGCUAUAGAAACUUUAUACAAAGUUUUGACUGAGAAAUUCAUGAUGGUGAUCUUAAACCAGUACAGAAAAGAUAUUCUUUCAUGUUUGUGCAUACAUAAAAAAAUGGCUCACAGAAAGCAGAUUCUUGUCAAGUCAUAA